AUAAAAUUAAGUACUGUAGUAUCUGGUCGUUCUGGAAUACCAGGACAACUAGUCCAGCAAGAACGAUCAAUGAAGCCAUGAACCCAGAAAAGACGCCCAUUGAGAAGCUUCAACGACAACAAGACAACUUGAAAGACGAGGUGACACAUUUGAAUCUUAAAUUAAAAUCAGUUCUUCAACAUACUACUCAACUUGAGAUCAUGAUGAAAGCCAUGAUGAAACACCAUGGAGUGUCGGUUGAGGACGAACAGAAGGGAGAAGACGACGAGUAACUCUUCGUGACUCCGAAUGAAUU